AUGCUGCAGCAGGAUUCCCUCCAAACCUCCCGACUGACCGGAUAAUUGCACGUCACGUUUUAGAAAUGAGUGUUAGUGGCCUGAGGUUAAACUGCAGAGCGCCUUUCUGGUGGCUCCGAGCCAGAAUCGACGCUUUCAGCCGAAGAUUGCCGAAAACCGCCGAGCUGGCGUGCUCCACAAACCCGACAUCAACCGAAAGUGCUCAGCGACUCCCGAUCUGGUCCCAUUGAAGUCUGUUGUGAGGUUGGGGUUGAUGGGGUGGACGAGAUUAAUGAAAUAAAGAAAAAAGCGGUUUCCAUCACUCCUGGGCCCCUCCCUGCCUGCUGCUUUUCGGAUUCGGAGCUUGACAAAGACACCGAGUCUUCAAGAUGAAAGUAAUCAGCGCUGCCGUGCUUAGCGCCCUGUUCUGCACUGUUGUGUCAGCAUCUUUGAAAGUCACAGAGGAGCACAGGAAGGUCUUUUUUGGUGAGGACAUUCACAUCGAUGUCCCGCUUGGCAACUUCGGCGAGGUUGUGUUCAAACCUGCCGCCAACGGCUCCUCAGAAGUGUUUCUGAUGAAGGCGGGUCAGGUGAUGAAUUAUACUAAGACCCCCAUGAAUAUCCCGGGUCAUCUGGUGCUGCGGGGCGUGCAGGAGGAGGACGAGGGCGUCUACACCAUCAGGAACACCAACAAAUCCGACUCAGUCAAACGCCUCAUCCUCGAGGUCAGGGACUGCGCUUUGGAGCACAAGGAGAAGUACGGAGGGAACUACGACAUCCUUCUCAACCGCAUCGAAGGCCCCAUCACCCUGGAGUUCAGGCCCAGUAUGAUUAAAAUCAACCAGACGCAGGUCCAGCACAUCGCAGAGCCUCCACUCAUGGUGCUGUACAACAAGACGACGGUGUUGGGGGAGGAAUAUGUUGGACGCCUCAGCGUGUCGGAGAAGCGAGUGACUCUGCACUCGGUCAGGAUGACGGAUGAAGGCAGCUUCACGGUGCUGGACCGAGAUGGGAACAUCAAGAUCAGGCAAUGUCUGAAUGUCAAAGAGCACCAGACCUUCUUGCGAGCCUCUUAUGGAGAAAACCUAAAGAUGAAACUCUACCUGCACUACUCCAACCUGAACAUCGUCUACAGGUCCAAAUCAGACAACCAGGACCGGCUCAUCCUGGACCAGGGGGUUCUGGUGACACCGCUGGACCCUCAGCUGGAGGGCCGGCUGACUGUGGAGCGUUCGGAGCUCAUCAUUAAGAAAAUCCAGAUGAGCGACGCGGGUAUCUUCAAAGUGACGGACCUGGCUGGGUUUUCAGUGGCUGAUAUCUACGUAGACAUCAAUGCCUAUAAACUGCCUCCGCUGACCGUGGCCAUCCUCUCCCUGAUCGGCCUCAUCGCCUUCAUGCUGCUCGUCUGUCUGCUGUCCUGCUUGUACAAAGUGCACAAGAGGAACAAGAAGAACAAGAAGCUGACGCUCCUUGCUCAGCAGGCCGGGAAGGGGGACGGCGAUGCUUUCAGACAGGUCGUCCACGAGGCUUACAGCAGGUUCACUGAAGAAUCUCUGAUGCAGUCUGUGAGUGAAAAACCAUCAGAGAGCACAGAGGUCACCAUCAAGGGUCUUGAAGUGUCCAAACCAGGCCGCUAUCAGGCUCUCAACUCGGACAACUUCAUGGAGAUGAGUGACUCUGGGGUGGAGUUCACCAGCUCUGGCAUCCCCCUGGACAGCGACACCGAAGCAGUCAUGACCUACGCCUCCCACAAGCCCCUCCUGACCGCCGUCUCGCCCACCGCCAUGGCAGCAGAGGUUCCCUCCGACAGCCUGGAGGCCACCGUGGUCCCUGAUGGCGACCUCAGCGCCACCAGAACCCCUGACUCUGCCAUGAGCGCCAGCCCUGCCUCCAACCCUCGCUCGCUGGCAGCUGGAACUCCUGAUGGCAGCCUGCGUGGCGCAGCGUCGCCGGGAACGGCCUCCAGGGGCACCGCCGAGUCGGAUUCAGCCCACACAGAAGGAGGAGCUGAAAGCGGAGAAGGUGGGCAGAAGGAGGAAUCAGCUCAGAGCACCUGAGAGGAAACACCAGGGUGUGUUUUUUUUUUAUAUAGCUCCUUAAACAUCCACGACCAUCUGGCAGGAACAUUUUCAAACCCAAACACCACCCAGUCCCUCGUCACUGCACUUGAAACAUCACAGACAAAACAUUCAAGCUUGGAUCCAGAUGUCAGUAUAGCCUAGAAGAAAAUAACAACAAAAAGGCCAUUGCACAAAAUGCACAACACAGAAUUAAAUGCACUGAAAAAUGAAUCGCAGAAGAGUAACCCCAAGCUCUGUCAAAAGAACAGAACAAAGCCGCUCCGUGCGUAUGGAAAAUGCAUGCAUUUAAAUGAAACAUUAAUGUAAAAAUUGUAGCUCAGACCUACAGGAAAACGCUGACAUUAGACUAGACUGCAUGCAGGCUUCAACGGGCCGAAGAGGCACAGGCUCCAAAAGAAGUUACUGAUGACAUGAAAAGGAGAAAAAUACUCUCAGCACUUUUAGGAAAACACCAAAAUGGGAUCAAAUGAGUUUAACAUCUGCCAAAAGGUUGUCAGAAAAAAUUCCAGGAGUUUGACAGUCAGACAUUGUUUUCUGAAACCGAGGCUACUAGCAGUAACAGCAGCAGCAGCAUCUCUUCUUGGAGGUGACUCUCAGUGUGUUGCCUCUGACAGCUUUUUUGUCUGCUCUCACUUGCAUCAGACAAACUCUGCCAUGAUUGCAUUUCAACCCACCCACACACUGACUCUAUUAUUAACAGUACAAGCAUGUCAGAACAGCGUCUCCACAGCUCAGACAGAAGUGCUUGUUUCAGCACUCGCUCGCCGUAUCCAUGAGGAUGAUCUACUCGAGGUAUUAUUUCUCAAAAAAAAAACCACCCUGCAAACUGAAACAAGCUCGACUAGAUUGAGUAGCACUGAUGCGAGCGCUGCCAGUUGUUUUCCUUUUCUCUUGCGUCUCAGUCGUCAAAUCUGCCACAUUUGAAGGCGUCACAUCGCUGAAAAAACCCUGUCGAAGCGUCCACCUCUCCUCAGCCCCACUAAUGAUGAACGCCCACCAGACCAACAGCUGACUGUAGAAAGCUUCCUCGUCUGUUUUUAUCCCCCCCACUUGUCCUUCUCUCUUGGUGGAGUUGUCACAAGCUCUGUCAGAGGGAAAAAUAGAAUUCAGAGAAUACUGUGCAGCACUUCUGGGACUUUUGGAAGCGCUCCCGAGAACGUAAUUGGAUUCUGGGUCUCUUUUGCAGACGGACCAAUUCACGGACACCGUCGAGUGAGGAGCGGUGAUAAAAGAGACGACAGAGAUGGAACAGGGUGCUAUUCGGGGAGCAGAUAAAUGACUUGCAUGAUUUAAAGCCUCCUAUUUUCAUCUCAGCCCCUCAAUCUAUCUCACGGAGCUCUGAUUAUUGUAGCCCAGUUGUUGCCAAAAUGAAGUGAGUGGAGAGACGCAGUUGGAUCGGCGAGUGAUAACGCUGCAGCCUCAACAGAACGAGGCUGAAUAAGUGAUUGUGAGCGGAGGAGGGUGUUCAUACAAACCGAGCAACAAUAUUAGACAUUCAGCACGGAGACAUGAGCACAUUGAAGUAGGAAAUGAAAAAGGAGGACAUUCUUGGGGCAUAAAAGUUCAGAUUUAAUGGUUAAAUCAAUAUUAAUAACCUGCAAAUGGUGAAUCUGUACAUUUGUCGCCGGUGCUUUAUGAGAUCUAACCCUCCAUAAGUCAGUAAAAGCAUUAUAAAGGUGUCUCGCUUUAUAUUUGUUAAACCACUGAAGCAGAGAAGGCCGCUUUAAACAUGUUGAGUUGCUCUCUGAAAACCUUUUUAUCAAUCCAAGGGCAUUAAAAUAUCAGCAAAUGAUGCUGCUGGUUUGUUUAAGAGCUCCACAGCAUGUUGGCAGCACCCAGAGGAAAGUCUUACUGCUCUUCUAGAGCUUGGGAGACAGAAUUGUGAUUCUCAUUUCAGCCUGGUUUUAGUUUGCAUUUUGUCUGAUGUGCUUCUCAUAUUAUUCUCCGAAAAUUCACUAGAUAGAGAUGAGAAAGGCGAACAACUAGAAACAGGACUCACACUUGCGAUAAGCACCAAUGAGCCACAACAUUAUGACCCCUGACAGGUGAAGUCAGUAUCAUCAAUCACAUUGGUACCAUGUGGUGUUCUGAUGGAAAGCCUUGGAUGUUGGUGUUGAUGAAACUUGGAUACCCAAAUAGACCUUGUCCCAGAACAAACACACUCCUUCAUGCAAUAACAAUCCUAAAUGUCACUGGUCUACCCCUGCAGGAAAACACACCCUACCACAUCACAAAAACAUCAAACAAUCCGGAACAUCUCGUGAAACAUGACAGUCACUCGAGAUGUUGAUUUGACCUCCAAACUUUCAAGACCCCGUUCUGAUCAAGCAUCAACAGAAUGCAGUGGAAUAAGUUUGAUUCCCAGAGGCUCCACUGCACAACCCUGAGCACCCAAAGGAUCCAAUGCCAACGUCCUGUUUCCAGACUCCGUAGGAGACCCUGAGAGGUCCUCUGGUCCCAACGGUUCAGACAUCAUCAUUGGGACCCACACAAUAUUAGGCAGGUGGUCUUAUUGUUACAUCUGAUCGGUGUAUAGAAAAUAGUUCGACUUAUGGUUCCAUUUCUUCUCAGCUGAGCAACAUGUGAGCUAUAAAUGAGCUUUAUUUUAUACAAAUAUAAUAAUACAACCACUGUAUUAAAUUAUACUCAGCAGUCUUCCUAAUAUUUUGUCAAGCCUGUUUUACACAAAAUGGAGCCAUUAGUUGAAGUUGUGAAAUAUCUCCUGUAGAUCUCAAAUGUGACACUUGUUUCUUGUUGCUAAUUGCUCUCCUUUCUCACCUACAUUUUUCUUGUUAAUUAUUUUAGGAGAAGAAUAUGAGACAAAAGCUGUGUUAAAACAAGAAUCACAAUUUUGUUUCCCAAGCUGUGAAAGAACAAGCUUUGAGCGGGAAGAUUUCCCUGUGGAUUUUUUAGAUUUGCUCUUCAAGAAUCUCCUUUUUUCAUGAAAUCAGUGCUCACUUAGCCCCAAAAUCAACUGUUUGUAGGAAAUGACAGCUGGAAACAGUGGCAGGAGAUUAUUUAAAAAGAAGCAUGAACAGAAUCAGAUUAAGAUCGGUGUCCUAACAACUGUUUAGGACUAAUUGGUUCCUCUUCCUCGCCUGAGGGUUGAUUCAGGUCACGGGAACCACAGAAUGAGACGUCUCACACCGCUGUUCCAAGUGUGACCUCCUCUGAACAAUCUGGAAUACAAGCAGAGCCGCACCUUUAGGGAAUCAGAGAAAUAUCAUCCAUUACAUGCUUCACCACUGAAAAAAAGCCUUCUCCAUCACACCGAGGCUCUGGUUGUCCCACGGAUCCCAUUUAGACGUCACUGUUGUUGUUGCAGUUGGCAGCUGUUAGCAGUUUGGCUACCUCAUGCUGUAACUGAAUUGAUGUCAAACCGAAAAGUCUGCAAGAUUCAUGACCCAAACACUCACAGAGACAUAGAAGUUUUAUGUCUGGAAAGGAAAAGCACAAAAUCGUGAUCCUUUUUAAAAAGGAAAAAGCUUCACGUUGUAGUUAAAAUGGGUAAAAGGAGAAGCAGCUAUUGUAAAUACAAUACAGUAAUUAGCAAAAAGACUAAGUUAGCUAGCUCUCUUUCUUAUUCAGGUACAUGUAGUUUGGAUCUUGACCCCGUCCUACAUGUGAUUGAAUUAUUGAUUUUGUAUGAGUGUUUUAUAGGGAUUGCUCAUGCAGGGAAUUAAACAGACAUUUAUUCACAGUAAAAAAAGGCCCUGAAGUGACUCUGCAUGUCUUGUAAAUAUCAGGUUGAUGAUGACAAACUGAUGGUUGGUGGAUCUUCAACGAAACCUAAAGCAAUAUUAAUGAUAAUGUCAGCGAGACGCCCACGGGGCGGAGAGGGGAAUCAGGCGUAGCACAUCUCCACAUCGCUCACUCUCACUCAUCCUCUUUUGUCACUGUUGUAAAUACAAAGAUACGUGAUCUGCAUGUGUAUAGUGUGAAAAUACUAACGUUUCUUACUGCAAGGCUUAUGCAAGAUUUUAUACAACGCUGCACCAAUCCUUUAACCACACAUCCACAGUAGGUAGAAAACGAUGCCUUUAGCUGGGAACAUGAGCUCAUGUCAUGUUUACAUAUUUGCUGUGAAAUCCUUUCAUUGAAAUUUGCAUUAGAAGGCGUGAUGUUGCCUCUGGGGGGCGCUAUUUGACACACAAACAGUGUAGGAGGCAAGGAAAUGAACCAAGUUGCCCAGUUUGGUUGAUUUAACUGGAUACUGUGGCUUAUUUUUAGACUGUGCUUCCAAGAUUGUGCCAAGAAAUACGAGUGAACAGACAGAUGACAAAUUAAAGGAAAAACUUGAACUCCUGACCCCUUCAGUGAGGCUGUGAGGGAUUUUGCUGCCAUUGUUCAGAUCCACUGUCCUUAGAGGUAAAAGUUACUGAGUCAUUUUUAUUGUGAUGGAAGGAGUCAUUCUCUCAGGAUUACAAUUCCCCCUCAAUUAGGGCGUGAGGGUUGAUUGAAUGGUUUGAUGCUAAUGAUGUUUAUCACAUGUUAAUGCCGUUGCAGUCACCAGAUCAUGAGAUUUUGGACCAACAUUUUUGAUAAACGUUCUCCACCACCAUCAUCAAAACACAUAAAUGAGGGAAGAUCCUAUGAAAUAUCCAGUAGAUUUCCCAAGACUUGGAGAAACAAUACCAAGACACAGUGGAAACCCACCUUGCACCUUACUAAAACACUUUAUGUUGGGUUUUCCUUUAAUAUGUCACCCACCUGUAGAGAGAGUUACAGAAAUCCAACAUACCAGAAAAUGAAGAUUACAGCACACUUGUUUGCUGCCCUGUCUGGAAAUACAGAUGAACAAGUCCAAAUGGUUUGGUAAACAUGCCAGGAAAAACUUAAAAUAGUUCUUCAGAGCGGCACCUGCUGCUGAGUAACCUUUAGUUUAAGGGGAUUGUUCUUCGCAUAUCUAAUGUGAAGCUUUAAAGUACUCAAUUUUCCUCAUUUUAAUUGUUUGUCUUUGGUUUAGUGGCAGGUAAAAGCAUAAAGCUAGAGCUGAUACUAACAGCUAUUUGAUUUUUUUUUUAUGUGCAGACUGUUUUCUCAAAAAAACAUCAGAAAACCUUGAAAAAUACCCAUCAGUUUAACAAAUUCCAAGCUGGCAUCUAAAAACAUGUUGUUUGGUCCGACAAAGAACACAAAAUAAUACAUUUCAUCUACAGGGAGGGACCAGAAAUGCUGCAAACUCUUGCAUUUGACUUUUUUUGCUUGAAAUAACUUAAAAUUGCUUUAAAAUCCUAUCAUUAAAAUAGAUCCAGGUGGAAUAUUGUUCCUUAAAUGACCAAGUUUUUGCUAAAGUUCUUUGGAGCAGAACUUAAGGUACAUAAAAGAACCCUUUUUGAUUACAUCUUCUUCUUUAUAGAACUUCUUGCUGGUUCAUUGUGGAUCUAAAAAGUCUUCUACUCUGGCUUUACUGCAGAAAACCACUUUUAGCUCCAGUUGGCAUCUUUAUUUUCUGAGUAUAUCUUGUAAAUUAGUGUGUGAAGGACGUGCUGCUUGUUAGCACUGAGCCCUGCUGUUGUUGGUCCGUAUGCUAAGCUAACAGUGCUUUAGCUUUGGCUUUGCUAGAGGGCACAGGGACAGGAACAGACAUGACAUUGUGAUUUUGUUAUUGCCAUACUGCACAGACUUUAAUUACAAGCUAAUGGGGAAACAAUGUGUGCAAUUAGCUGAUGAUAUUCAAGAAUUUCUUCCAGCUUUCUCUCACUUGGUACAAAGAAUCAAGAAUCUGGCAGAAAGCUGCAAAGUCAUUAAUGAGAAAGGUUAGAUCUGAAUAAAAUCCUGCCAUCUGGUGACUACAAGGCAGCAACCAGCUUGAAAUAAAGCAUCCCAAGGAGUAGGAAUGUGGGUGUUUUCCUUUUCUUUCCCUUCUACAGGCAGAGAAAUAGAAAUUACCAUACUGCCCAAAAUGUUAGCCGAUCUUAAGCGAGGUAAAGAGAUUUAGAGAUUCUAUAAUCUCCAUUUCACCACGGAUUUAUCUGUUUAAAUGCACAAGUUGCUAAGAAAUUCUAUUGACUCUGUCCUCUGUGGAGUGCCAGAUAUCACUCAAGAUAAAUAAUGAUGGCAAACUAGGCUGAAGCCUCAGCUUUAGAAACUGCAGUCCAGAAUAAUUUAGAAACAUUGAUUAGUAAUUCUAUUGAAAAGUAAAGUUCUAACAUUUACAUACCGAUGUUUCAGAAGGCUGGUGGAGCUGCGGCUGGAAAGCUCCAUACAUUUGCAAAUAUGUUUUUCCUUUUUAAGUGAGGAUGAAAUGCUCCAUCCAGAGCACACAUUAUAAAGCCUCUUUUUGAGGACACUUUUGUGCUUUGCAGGGUGAAAGGACUCGAGCCUCCUUUGGGUAUCAGCACGCCGGAAGAAUAGUUCUGUAGGUUCAGGCAAUCACAGCUGACGAAGGCUUUAUGAAAGGAUUUCACUUCCUGUCAUUCAUCCUUGGUCUGAUGUUUUCUGUUUCAUUACACAUCUGAGCCGCUACUCACAAAGCCUCUCAGAACAGAAGUGCUGAUCCGUGUGUGGGUAGGGGGAGAUUUAAUAAAAUGUUCUUUCAGUUCGGGCAGAUUCGCUCUCCUGUUAAUCUACUAUUCUCUGUAAUUCCAAAGAAUGUAAUGAAAAACCAUGAAAUGAUGUCUGCAGUGUGGCAGUUUGCUCAAACCGCCAUCACAACAGAAAUCUCACUUCAACGCAAAAUAUCCAAAGUUACUGUCAACUGCCGCGUCUGACUCCGAGAUCAAUUAAUUUUAAUUCACUCCACUUCGGCUCAGUGGCUUUUAUGAUUAAAUCCAGUCUCAUCUUUGAUUCAUGCCAGAUAAUUGGAGAAACUAAUUGGAAACCACUUAUCUCUGUCGCUCUGAGCUCGCUGCCAGAGAGCAGUCCUUUACAGGGCGAGCAUUCUGAGUAAUGAACACACAAAUUUCAAAUCGAAUCAGGCCAGUAUUACGGGACAAACUGAUCCCAGGUCAGCAGCACUUCUACUCUGAGAUGCUCUGUUUUUAUUGCACACUCAUGUUUGCUUGAAAACUGUUUUGUCUCCACUUAGACACUCCCUGCACCUGAGAAUGUUUUUUAUACAAGAAAAUUUCAAAAAAUCAUAUAAUCAGUGAAACAAAUGUGCGUCAUCCCAAACCAAGUGCAUUUGCUGAUAAAAAAGAGAGAAAAAUGGCACCUCCUUCGGAUGACUGAACAUUUCAUCGUCGGGACUUUUUGUAGCAUCAUAUUUAGCACCACAAACUACUCUAGCUGUUCUUAGUCUUUCUUCCUACUCUGAUAUUAUAGCCUAUAUCUGCUGUCCUAGUGUAAACCUAAGAGUUAGUGUAACCGCAGCAUGCUGACCAGUAGAUUGCUUGUGGGACAGCAGCUGUGAUGCCAAUAGCUAAUAAUAAUAGUAAUUAUAUGAAUUACACUUUUCUGUACAGCAGGCCUCCUGAGUCCUUUCUGAUCUUGUGGUUUCUCCUGAAAAACACUAAAAACACACAUUUGACUGCUGGUAUUCAGCCGAGAGUGACAGUUAAAGUUGAAUAUCAGUGUUUUAUAACAUCUUGUUGGGUUCAACACAUAGUAGAAAUAAGAAAACAUUCAAGCUUCCAUCUGGUUUGGUCUUUGUGUUUUAUUUUUUUAUCACAUCGGAAUGAAUUUUGUCAUUUAAUUCAUGUUUUUAUGUUCAAUGUUCACUCUUUGCAGGGAUAUUUUAACUCUAUGUGUCAUUUUUUUCAUCGUAUCGGAGUGAAUUUUGUCAAUUAAUUCAUGUUUUUGUGCUCUUUGUCUGUUUUUGCAGGGACAUUCUAUCUGUAUAGUCUUUGUGUUUCAUUUUUUCAUGGUAUCUGAAUGAAUUUUGUCAUUUAAUUCAUGUUUUUAUGCUCUUUGUUUCAACUUUGCUGGGAUAUUCUAACUCUAUCAUCUUUUGUUUUAAUUUUUUCAUCAUGUCAGAGUGAAUUUAAUUCAUGUGUGUUUACAGGGAUAUUCUAACUGUAUAAUCUUUGUUUUAUUUUUUCACUGUAUCUGAGGUGAUGUUGCCAUUUAAUCAAUAUUUUUAUGUUCUAUGUUUCCGUCUUUGCAGGGAUGUUCUAAGUCUGUAGUCUGUGUUUUUUUCAUGGUAUCUGAAGUAAUUUUAUCAUUUAAUUCAUGUUUUUAUGUUCUUUGUUUCCAUCUUUUCAGGGAUAUUCUAACUAUUUAAUCUUUGUUUUAUACUGGAAGGCCAGAUAAUAUGCAUGUAUUCUUUUAAUGACACUGGUAUUCUCCUUUAACGUACAAUCUAAUGCACAUAAACGCUGAUUAUUAACCUCAAAGCUGAUGCUUAUUCAAAUGUUUCAAAACUAACACAUGUAGUUUGAUUCUAACUGACAAUAAAAAUCCAUUCCAGAGGUUUAUUUUAAGUCAUUUAAAUAUCACACUUGUUGAACUUACUUCAUGUAACUUUAAAAUCCAUAGUUUGACUCUCUUUGUUUGGGGAAACCACAGAUUCAGACUUGUUCUUGAGGCCAACUUAGAUCCUUUUUUUUCCCCAUUUCUGCCCAUGACCUAGUCAGGAGAAGUAUUGUCAUUGUCACUGUAACUGUAGCUGUUUCUGCAAAAAAAAAAAAAAUGCAAUGCUUUAUUUGUAUUUUCUGUUUUAUUUGGAGCUGUGAUUGAGGGUUAUUGUAUUUGAUGUUCUGGAAUAAUUUCGCUUUAAUUUGCGUUAUGUUUGAGGUCAUGAUGAAAUAAUAACAGUGUGAAGUCUGAGCUUCAUAAGGAGAAACUAAAACAUGGUCAAAGAUAAUCAUGUGUUGACUGUUUGACGGGGAAAUACAUGUUUUGUCUUAUCGAUGGGCUAAAAAAACAAGGAAGUGUUGAAAUUUGUGCAAAGUGUAGUUGAUGUGGAGCUUUAAGUCCAGAACCAAACACAGAUAUUGUUCAGGGUUCUUAUUCUGCCUGUAAAUUGUUGAGUUCUGUUGGACUAAUUACAAUCCAAAUAAAUUCAGCUUCAUUGUCAUUUAACAUCGGAACAUGGAAGUUUGUGUUUGUCAGGAUUGUGUGAGUUUAGAUUUAUGCAAAUAGACAUUACAUUAAGUUUUUGAUACCAAAUUCUGUUGUACUCAUGGAUUUGUCUGCUUUAAAGUUGUUGUUACAUGCAGCUGCUUUUAUUUUGAAAGAAGUUGUCACGUUCAAACCUUAUUUGAUGUUUUUCCAAGACUGGAUAAUCAUUGACAAUACUUCACUGUACUGCCAUGGCCAAGCCCUGUUUGCCUGAAUAACAAAUCAUGAAUUAUUUCUAUACUCUCAGACCUUUCGGCAUCCUGCACAAACUUUUGUAAAGCUUCUCCUUUUUCUGUAAUGAAUAAAUAAUUCCCAAUAAAUGAAUUUUCAACA